AUGAUCUCCAUCGGCACCCAUCGCCUCUAUCUCUCCAUCAGCGGCCCACCCCGCCACAAUCCCCCAGAUCCUAUCGUAGUGUUCAUCGCCGGCGCAGGCGACGUCGCAUCGUCUUACUGCGCCGUUCAGCGGCUUGUGGCGCCAUUCUCCCCGCUUGUUCUUUACGACCGCUCUGGCCUCGGUCGCAGCGAAAGUAAUCCCAACGCUCCCAGCCCAACUGCGAUGUCCGCAGCUGCCGAGUUACACACCCUACUCAAAACUGCAAACAUCCCUCCACCGCUUAUCCUGGCAGCUCAUUCCUAUGGAGCCAUCAUUGCUAGGGAAUACCUCCAUUCCUACUCGAGCGAUGUUGCGGGCAUGGUCCUCAUGGAUGCCUCAACGGAACGAAACAUCGAGUUAUUUCAGAACCCGGAUUUAGAUCUUAGUGCUAUGAUUGGAAACCUGAAAUUUUCUGAGGUCACAGGUCUGCGUGCUGCCGCUCAGCUCUCACGCGAAGAAUGGCGGGUGAGAGCGAUAGACACUGCGCGGGGAGUGGCUACUUCUCAGGCAGAAGCGAUGGUGCGGGAGGAGGUUUGUCGUGCGCUUGCUGAAAAAGAGCAGUUCAAGAAGCAGGCGCUGGGGGAUCGGCCUUUGAGCGUGAUUCGGUGUAAUGGGUUGAUGGACUACCGGAGACUAUACGAGAAGGCUGUCGAGGCUGGGAAUGGGACGGACGCGCAGCGAGCGGCGUUCCAUGAGCUGCUGGAAAAAUGGGACGGGGUGGAUCGUGAGAUGCAGGAAGAGCAGUUGAGAUUAUCUAGCCGGAGUCGGAUGGUUCAUUUACCGGACUGUGGGCAUAAUGUACAUAUGAUUCGACCAGAAGUUGUUGCGGACGAGGUUCGAUGGGUACGAGAGCAGAUUCUAGGUCAGAAGAUAGAAUCCGCUCUUUGA